ACCAAACAAACUUCCGGGUUAGUUCCGGUGAGCUGUAAAAAAAGAAGUGACUUAUUGAAAUAUGUCCAAACUCUAACACGAAAAUAUGACAAUAGCAUUACAAUAGCUUUGCGUAUAUCAUAGAAAAAACAUGUGAACCAAUACAAUGAGGAGUUUUUUAGGAUAAGCGGUAGAAAAUGAAUGAAUUAAUGUCGUAGCUCGGAAACCAAUACUUAUCUAGCUAAUGCUAAAGUGGAACUUCCACACUCGUUCAAAGAUGGAGAGGCUAAUAUCCAAAAUGACUGAAAAACACGUUCUUUUCACGGCUUCCGUCGUUAUACGCCUCGCUUUGGUCGCCUAUGGAGACUUCCAUGACAGGACUAUGGUAGUAAAGUACACUGACAUUGACUAUCAUGUGUUUACGGAUGCUGCAAGAUUCAUUACGAAGGGCGAAUCCCCUUACAACAGAUCAACCUAUCGUUACACACCUCUGCUGGCCUGGCUGCUCACUCCCAACAUUUACAUCAACUUGAUGUUUGGCAAGCUGCUCUUCAUCUUCUCUGAUGUCCUAUCCGGGCUGCUGAUUUACAAAAUCCUGUGCCUGCGAGGUCUGCGUCCUGAGACGGCACGUCAAGUGUGCUCCUUGUGGCUUCUCAACCCCUUGCCUAUGGGAGUAUCCAGUCGAGGGAAUGCCGAGUCCAUACUGGCUGCGUUGGUGCUUGGGACACUGCUUUGUAUGGAGGCUCGCUACAUGACGUUAGCAGCGCUGCUCUACGGCCUGUCUGUCCAUAUGAAAAUCUACCCAGUGACAUACGCUCUACCUAUUAUUUUAACUCUUCGUACACAACAAAGAAGACAAGACGAAGAGCAAAAAGGGUGGAGGAGACUCACUGGUUUCUUGGGAAGGUUCCUCAACAGAGAGCUGUUCCUCUUUGCAAGUGUGGCUGGCGGUGUUUUCUGUGCUUUCACCGCACUUUUCUACCACAUGUACGGUUGGACAUUCCUUCAUGAGACUUACCUGUAUCAUCUGACCAGAAGGGACAUCAGACACAACUUCUCUCCAUACUUCUACAUGCUCUAUCUCACUGCAGACAGCAGGUGGAGCCAGUGGCUUGGCCUGGCAGCGUUCUUGCCUCAGUUGAUGCUCCUGUUGGUGACAUCGUGGGCUUUUCACCGUGACCUGGCAUUUUGCUGUUUCCUACACACCGCCAUAUUUGUGUCGUUUAACAAGGUCUGCACAUCACAGUACUUCCUGUGGUAUCUGAGUUUACUUCCUCUGGUCAUCCCUCAUCUGAGUCUUUCACUGAAACAAGGAGUGGGACUGCUGCUUCUCUGGUUUGCCGGACAGGGUGUGUGGCUGGUCCCGGCCUACUUCCUGGAGUUUGAGGGCUACAACGCCUUUCUGUUUAUCUGGCUGGCUGGACUGUUCUUCUUGAUUGUUAACUGCUUCAUCCUCAUUCAGAUCAUUACACAUUACAAAAGUAAACUCACUCUAACUAGAACAAAGAUGGAAUAACCUCACGGAUGGACUUCUCGCUGGGAUUGGAGCUUCAAAUAAGAAGACUGACGAGGUUUUUGUCAUUUUUGUAUUAAGACAAUUUUUUUUAUGUUGUCUUUUAGCGCCGGAGAAUAAUGAAUUGCACAUGAUGUAAUAAUUACAUGUAGCCUCACUCCGCUGCAUUUAAUGACUGUUGUUUUGAUUGGAUCCUGCACCAUGCCGUCAGAUUAGAGCUGUCCUAUCUAGUGUUUGAGCUUGAACUAAUGAAGCCUGAUUGGACGAGAGGCAAAGCAGCUUCUAAGAUAGAUAGAUACAAGAACGUAUUAUUAUGGUCGAGUAUGGUGUGCUAACUUAUGGACACAAAUAUACUACAUAAUUGAUUUAUUAUCUUUAAUUUUGUUAUCAUUCAAGCAACAUUUUUAGUUAUGUGGUCAUUAAUGAAUUAGUGGCCUAAUGGUUCCAAUUAAUGAAAUUAUAACUAUAGAUCUGCAAGAAUCCCUCCCAGUUUAUUCAAUGUGAGUUUCAGCUGCAGUAUCCCGCCUUGGCCAGAAGGUGGCAGCUUCCGUUUGCAGAUGGUGUGCCUGUCCUCGUGUAACCUCGCAGAUAAACAGCAUCCAUCUAAAAAAGGGUCACGGUUUGAGCCCGGAGCCUAUCCCAGCCGAUGUGGGACAAGAAGUGGGUGUGGGCGAUAAGUGCUGAAACAUGUAAAACCCCCACCGAUGUCCGAUAGAUCUUCAAACAUGUUCUAACUUAACCUCCCUUGAAGAAAACCCCCGUGUCAGAGCAUGGUGCCAUCUUUUGGCAGCUGAUGCUCAGCUGUGUGCUUGGCUCCGAAAGAAGAGUCCCGGAUUUGAACAUACAAGAGCAGCGCAGCAGUCUCCUCCCCGCUACAAGGCUUGCAAAGUUGGUUUGAUGGCGCUAUCCGCAAGGAGGAAAAAAUGAUCCAGCAGAGGGCGGUGUCUUCAGAGUGGAUUCAGCCAAAAUUUCCCAUCAAAAGAGUGAUGCUGUACUCAAGAAGCCAAAAACGUACCACUUCCACACGGGAUGGGAGAACGUUUUCUCACUCCAUCAUGUCGGACAUGGUAUGGCUGACUUCAUGCAGUGUUAAGGAUAAGGGGAGGAAACCCUUGCAACGCAAACUGCACGCAGAGAUGGCAGAGGGUGGAAUCGAACUCCAGUCUGCUAACUGUGUGGCCUGUGUGCUAACCACUCUUGCACCGUGCAGCCGGACCCUUCCAUGAUUAUGCAAACUAUAUGCAAAUGAUAUGCAAAUGAUAUGAUGACAUCAUCUCCCGUCAACUGCCACAAAGAGAUUGCAGGCUUGUGGAAAACACUCCAUUAAUACUGUAAUACAGUGUGUGGCCCAAAAGUUUAUACUACCUUCAUCUGUGAUGGUUCCACUACUAGAGCCGCCACUGCUCUUGGAGCGUGGAUGGGAAGAAGCUGACGACAAGGAGUCUCCCGGCCCGCCAGGAGGCUUCGGCGUCGGGGAAGGAGAUGGCGUCAGAGUGGGUGAUGUGCUCUUGGAAGUGGAAGAAUUCCCUGACUGGGGUCUUCUCUUCAAAUCCAUCUUCUACCAACAAUGAAGAACAUGAUUGAAAUAUGUAAUUUUAUUGCAUUGUGAACUAUGAAAAAGUCAUUUGAGAAGGAAACAGUGACUGACCCUUCUGGAGGGGACAUCCGAUGCAACCAGGCUCGGGUGGGAGUGGGUGUCAGGGAGGCUGAUAUCAGGAAGUGGCAGACUGGCGGCUGCAGAAGGAAGUGGUGGUGGGCUCAGCUUCUCUGGAGCUUGAUUGUUGACAUCAAUCAGACCAGCAGCUCUCUUCCUUUGGGCGGCUAUUUGUGCCAGAACACCGUCUGCACUGCCACCUAGUGGGAAGACAUGGAUUGUGAACAUUGGACCAAUAGGUACAGACUUCAGCAGCGCACUGAUGUCACUUCCUCCUUGAGUACCACUGGGUACCAGCGGCCCGUUGGAGUUGGAGGAAGCAGCAUGUUUCAUAUCAGCCUUCAUAGUCGCGUCCAGCGAGGUUUCUGAGUCAUCGGGAAACGGAGCGAGACGGUUGGACAGAAGUCCGUGCCUCAGAGUGUGAGUCAGCUUGAGUCGUCGGAAGCGAUUUGACAUUCUACUCCACCAAGACUGGAGACAAAGACACAAAGUUAUGGCGUCUUAAAUAGUUACCCAAAUAGUUCCCUUGAUUUACUAGAAUGUCAUCGACCCGGGAGACUAAUGUCACCUUUAGGCCUCCUUUGUCGUCAGGCAGCACGGGAGCGUUGUUGAGCGUUGUAUGUCUGCUUUUAGAAUGAGCCGCCGUUGUCCUUCCACGGUGCUUGGACCUCUCCUUGUCCACUUGCAUACACACCGAUGCUAACAGACGCACCAACUCUGUGUCUGCAAAAUCCCACAGACCAUUGAAAGCGACUUAGUACAUGAUUUCAUGCAACACAUGAGUGUAUAGAUAUUGAUAUAUUAGAGUGGAGUACCUGGGUCAUUGAGCAGCAUAACCAGAUCAAAUGCCGUAUAGCCGUUCUUUGCUCGAAGGUUGACGUCAGCCCCCUGACUCAGUAGGUACUUGACGACAUCUUUAUUCCUGCAAAUUUCAGUUUGGUUUGAAUCCCAUGACGUCACCACAUUCAUUCAUUCAAGACAAGUCGCCAAUUAACCUAGCAUGUUUUUGGAAUGUGGGAGGAAACCGGAGUACCCGGAGAAAACCCACGCAUGCACGGGGAGAACAUGCAAACUCCACACAGAGAUGGCCAAGGGUGGAAUUGAACCCUGGUCUCCUAGCUGUGAGGUCUGCGCGCUAACCACACGACCACCAUGCCACCUAUCACCACAUUCAUUCAUUCAUUUUCUACCGCUUUUUCCUCACGAGGGUCGCGGGGGGUGCUGGAGCCUAUCCCAGCUGUCUUCGGGCGAGAGGCGGGGUACACCCCGGACUGUUCGCCAGCCAAUCACAGGGCACAUAUAGACAAACAACCAUUCACACUCACAUUCAUACCUAUGGACAAUUUUUAGUCGCUAAUUAACCUAGCAUGUUUUUGGAAUGUGGGAGGAAACCGGAGUACCCGGAGAAAACCCACGCAUGCACGAGGAGAACAUGCAAACUCCACACAGAGAUGGCCAAGGGUGGAAUUGAACCCUGGUCUGCUAGCUGUGAGGUCUGCGCGCUAACCACACGACCACCGUGCCGCUUAUCACCACAUUCAUUCUGUGCUAAAAAAGUAUUAGAUCCAUUUCCUGCAUACCCGUGAUACGUGGCCUGCAUCAACGCCGUCCACCCGUGAACUCCAUCCUGUUUGUCCACAUCAGCCUUCUUCUCCACCAUCAGCUGCACAACUUCCAACUGACCGCUCACUGCAGCGAUCAUGAGAGGCGACGCGCCCUCCUGAUUGGACGAAUUCACUUGAGUCGGGUCUUCUUCCAGGAUCUCCUUGACGAGCUGGGAAUUGCCUGGGCCAGGAUAAACAAUGGUUGUUUAGCUGUUGUUGUAUUUGUCUUUAACAACAUGCAAACAUACCCAGUUUGAGGGCACUGAACACGUCUGGUCUUCGUCUUUCGUCAUCUGUGAAGCAAAAAAAAAAUCAAGAAUAUUGUAACAGCGAUAUUUUCGUUGCUUGUUUUCUAUUAAUUAAUUGACCAAAUAUAGUAAGAAUAGUGGAAUUGCAAUAUGCAUCAUUCCAUUAAUGUUGUUAAAUUGCUUUAAAUGAGUUUUAAUAGCAAAUUAUAUGUUUAGAAAUGAGCUAGCUAACAGACACACAGCCAUUUUGGGGCAGCCAUAGCUUGUAAUGACAACCAAUCCAAAUGUUUCCUAGCUUGUUUGUAUUCAUUAUUACAUGUAAUAUAACAAGUAGAACAACAGAAUUGCAAUAUGUGGCAUUCCAUUAAUGUAUUAGAGUUGUUAAAUUGCUUUAAAUUAGCUUUAAUGGCAAAAUACGCGUUUGGCAAUGAGCUACCUAAUAGACACACGGCCAUUUUGGGGCAAACCAUAGCUUGUAAUGACAACCAAUCCAAAUGUUUCUUAGCUUGUUUUGUAUUCAUUAAAACAUGUAAUAUAGCAAGAACAGUAGAAUUACAAUAUGUGGCAUUCUAUUAACGUAUUAGAAUUGUUAAAUGACUAUAAAUGAGCUUUAAUGACAAAAUAUGCGUUUGGAAAUGAGCUAGCUAACAGACACACGGCCAUUUUGGGGCAACCAUGGCUUGUAAUGACAACCAAUCCAAAUGUUUACUAGCUUGUUCUGUAUUCUUUAAAACAUGUAAUAUAGCAAGUAGAACAGUAGAAUUGCAAUAUGUGGAAAUCCAUUAACGCAUUAGAGUUGUUAAAUUGCUUUAAAUGAGUUUUAAUAGCAAAAUAUACGUUCAGAAAUGAGCUAGCUAACAGACACACGGCCAUUUUGGGGCAACCAUAGCUUGUAAUGACAACCAAUACAAAUGUUUCCUACCUUGUUUGUAUUCAUUCUUACAUGUCCUAUUGUUGUUGUUAAUUUUAUUACAUUGUUAUAUUUAUAUAUCCUUCACUUAGGGAUUCAAUGAGUUCAGAAACAUAGGACACAUUUUAAACCGCAUUAAAAGUCCUCUCAGGAAACCUGCGGGUUUAUAACACUGCUCAUGUAACUACUGAUGCAGCAAGGCAUCAAAGAGGUGUUGGGCUAGUGUUCACUACCUUUGCUUUUGCUUUCACAUCCGUGUUAACUGCAGGGAAUGACUUGACAACAUACACUAAGGCAGACAAUAAGGGCUGCAAUGCUUUGUUGCUUUGUUCAGACACGGUCAAACCACAAGGGACUACAAGACAAGGCUCACCAUCCUAAUUGGGAUCACAACUUCCUCUAUAUGAGGAAGGCUGCCUUUUUUUAUCUGUUUUUUGGUAAUUAUCAAUUGUAUAUGUUUAUGAGCAGUUCGGACAUUAGAGACAUAGUACCAAUGCUAUCUCUAAACAUGAUAGUGAGAGUCCCCAAAUAUUUAAAUAGGUGGCAGUGAGGACUUGACCUAUCAUGCUAGGUGCUAGCUUUAGCAAGUUAGCAUUUUGCAUAUCAUAUUAAAAUUUAUCACUUUAGCCACCAACUACUGAAGCAAGAAAUGUUCCUUUGUUGUCACAAAAUGCAUAUAUGCAGGUGGCUACCAUGCUAGCUGUUAGCACGCUAGUUGUUAGUACUGUCAGUGUUGACAUGUUGUUGGCAUUCUUCCAAAAUAACAAUAGGUACAAUUCGGACAUUACACACACACAUACACAACCAAUGCUAUCUCAUAACAUGUUAGUGAGAGCCCCCAAAUAUUUAGGUCAGGGGUGCUCAUUAAGUCGAUCGCAAUCUACCGGUCGAUCGCAGAGGUGGUACUGGUCGAUCGCUGGUCGAUCGCGGCGUGACAUUAAAAAAAUAUCAUCCCAGCAUCAAUGCCGUCACUUGAUUGACAUACAGGGCAGCCAUUCAGAUGACAACUGAAUGUUGCCCUUCGGGUGACCAAUCAAAUCAAACAACGUCUCUAAGUGCAGCAGAACUUACAAUGUCAGCCUAUCAUCCAUCCCCGUUACUUGAUUGACAUACAGGACAACCAGUCAGAUGACACCUAAAUUUUGACCUUUAGGUCACCGCUCAUGCGUAAACAACGAUGCAAAGUGCUAAGCUAGUCGGCGAAUUGCGAGAUUUUAAGCCCUCGCUAAAGUUUAUGGUCACUAAAAUGAGUGAAGUAGCUGGACCAAGUAAAAAGGCAAAAACAUAUCACGGAGGUGGACUUUUUUUUCACAAUGUCUUUUUCGAAGUGCGUUUGCCUGGCUAACCUGGCUAUCAGCAGCUACUGUCCGGACUAUGCAUCCCUGGCUGAUUCAAUUCAGUGCAAGUCAUCAAAGUAAACUCAGGUAAUUACAAAAAAUGUUAAUAGUUAAUUAUGUGUGUUUUGCAAUAUUGGCUCAUUUGGUUAUGUAAGGUACAUCAACAUACAUUGUACGUACA